UUGUACAAAUACCUAACCUAGUCGGGGAAGAACAGAAUUAUCUGUCGCCUAUUAAUCUAUAUUUGACUUUCGCUUCGGUUUGGUUCGGUUGGGUUAUUGUGUGCACAACAACGGUGUCUUCUGCAAUUUGAAAACUUUUUGUAUUCUGUCUCAUUGUUAACCACAUGUUUUUGUUUUGAAAAAUAAAAAAUAAGAAAACCCCAAAAAACCCAAGUGAAAAAGAAAAAACAAAUGACAUUUAAACGUUUUUAAAACAAACCCAAAUCUGCUGAUGGGUUCCAGCAGCGCCACCGACCUAUGUGAAUUUUUGUUUUGAAUAAUUAAAAAGUUUCGCAACAGCACAAGAGGUACACAAAUUCUCACCACCUCAAGUUGUCUUCUGAAAUUUGUUGUCGCUUCGUUUUCUGUCCGUGACCGUUUCGUGUUUUUGAAUUAAAAACCGUGGAGAUAAAAUUAGAAAAAAAAACCUUUAAAAGAACCCCAAACAAAACUUUUUCGAUAGUCGUGUGCGGUAACAUGUGUUUCGGGACAUUUGGCAGUCAAAUCGGACUUUUCUCAUUUGGUAUUCUUUGUGUGUUGGCAUUUUGCGGUCAGAGAAGCAUCGCAAACGCUACCCCCACCACCGAUGUCGCCUGGAAUUCGACAAUAGAAGAAGCCACCGCUCAGUUUGUUCGGCAAUUGCUGGCCAGUGUGGAUGAUAGCAAACCCCCAUGUGAAGACUUCCAUGGCUUCAUUUGCAACAAACAACGAAAUUCGACCCGAUUCGUUCAGCGCCCCAGCGAGGAGGAGAUUUUUGAAAAGUUUAUUCAAAAUGUCGACAACGAGGACCAACUCAUGGAUUCUGAAUUGAUGGUGAAAAAAUUUUACGAAUCGUGCCGAAAUGGCCGCACUCUGGAACAUUUGAAGAAAUCCCAUUUGUACCACCACACCCAUGGUUGGCCGUUGAUAGAGGGGACUGGGGUCAGUAGGAAUCGAGUGCCAUUGUCGUGGAUGAACAUUGUGGUGGCGUUUCACGACAUCGGCGUGGACUAUUUCUUCAGCCAUCGCGUGGAGAUAAAAAGCAACCGCAGGACGGUGGAACUCAAGGCUAAUUCCGACGUGAGGUACUCUCUGCGAAAGAACACCCAUUUGGCGGAGCAACUGCUGCAGAAUUUCGGAAUGAGUCCCGGCGAAGCACGGCUGAAAGCUUUGGACUUCGCUGGACUCGAAGGAUACCGUCGAGAGGUCGUGGGUGAGGCUGGGAACGGUGUGUCCACCUCCAUGACCUAUAGCGAAUUCAAGGCGAGGUUUGACAACACGGACUGGGAUGUUUACUUCCGUCGAGUGUUGGGCAAACCCCUGAAGGACAGCGAUGGAGUGCGGCUCGAGGACGAGCAAAAACUGGAGCAAGUAUUCGGUAUGCUGUCAAAAACGCCCAACUCCCGCAUUCUUAACUAUGUUUGGAUACAUUAUUUGCUGGACAAGAGCACAGCAAGUUGCUUGGACCUGGUUCGGGAGUACUUCCAACCCCUCUACCGUUACAUUGUGCAAUUCACCACAAUCGACAGACGUCGAAUGGCAAACAUGUUUUCCGAAAUUGGCAGUGUCUAUCAGUCUCUGCUUCCCGACUCAAUUUGGAUCGAUGAGAUUGCCAACCAGAAGUCAAAAUUAUACUUGGGCAAAAUGAUUCAUACGACUUUGAAUGGCGACGAAGAGCUCGAUGCGGAUUAUAGGGGUUUGAAUCUGACAAAGGAGAAUUUCUAUCGCAACAUUGAGAAGGUUCAAAAAUUCACAGAUUCCAUAAAGGAUGCUGGGGUUGGGAGUGCUCUGCGGAUGGCAUCAUCAGACGGGGGAGUGUCAACUUCUUCUUCAGCGGCAUCUCUGAGCGAUUUGUAUGAAUUUUUUAUGGGACCCAUGUACAAUGAAUUGCUGCCACAGCCAUUGUACUUUGGAUCGAUUGGGGAGGCUUUUGCCGAGAAGAUGAUCGAUGGGGGUGGCAGUUUAACACCCGGCAGUUGGCGCAGCAGUGAUUCGGAUGAAAGAUUUGAGGAAUUCGAGCGAUGCCUGAGGGAGCAGAAUGCUAAUUUUGGAUUAACUACAGCCAUUGGGAAUAAUCUGGUGCGAAGGAUAUUGGCAGAACGACAGACUUACGAAGCUCUUAGGAAUUGGAUAGCUGGCAAUACGGAUACUGUAAAUCGGAUUCGUGGUCUUCUCGAAUCACUCGGCGAUGGAAGUUUGAAUUUGGAAAAGUUGUAUUUCUAUAUUUCCGUUAAUACACACUGUCCCGAGGGCAAUGAGUUUGUUAAUACAUAUUUAAAGAACUCGAGGGAUUUCGCUGAGACAUUUGGAUGUCCGAGUAGAAGUCAUCUCAAGCCACUUAAGGUUUGUAGUGUAUUGUAAUGUGAUUUGAUUUCAUGUGAUGGAAUGGGAAGCUAUGUGAAGGGUGGCAAGGUGGAAAUAAAACAAAAAGAAAUUGA